AUAAGUCAACCUUCUCUCCAUCACACACUCACCUAGCUCAUGGAAGAAGAAACGGAGAAGAAGAAGAAGAAGAUGGGUAGAAGAUGUCACUGUUUGGUCUUAGCAUAUCCACUUCAAGGCCACAUCAAUCCCAUGCUUCAGUUCUCCAAACUGUUGCAACAUCAAGGUUUCAGAAUAACACUCGUCACAACCCGUUUCUACUACAACAACUUGAAAACACUGCCUCCUUCUAUCGCAGUCGAAACCAUAUCCGAUGGGUUUGACCUAGGACCACCACCACCACACCAUGCUGCUACCCACAAGGCCUUCAUCGAUCGUUCUCGUGAAGUGGGGUCACAAUCUUUCGCUCAGCUUCUUCAGAAACUUGGUACAUCAAAAGAUGAUGAUGAUGAUGAGCGUGUCGAUUGUGUUGUGUAUGAUUCAUUCUUCCCUUGGGCACUUGAUGUUGCCAAGAGAUUUGAGAUAGUUGCAGCAGUUUUUCUGACUCAGAACAUGGCUGUGAAUAGCAUAUACUAUCAUGUUCACAUGGGAAACCUACGACUUCCUCUCACACAGCAUCAGUUUUCUCUUCCUGCUUUGCCCAAACUUGAGCUUCAGGACAUGCCCUCUUUCCUUCUCACGUAUGUGCAACAUCCUUAUUAUCUUGAUUUCUUUGUGGAUCAAUUCUCCAACAUCGACAAAGCUGAUUGGGUUCUGUGCAACACUUUUUAUGAGCUGGAUAAAGAGGUAGCAGAUUGGACAACUAAGAUUUUGCCAAAAUUCAGGAGUAUUGGACCAAACAUUCCAUCUAUGUUCUUGGACAAGAAACACAAAGAUGACCAAGAUUAUGGUGCUGCAGAAUUUGACAGUGAAGAAUGCUUAGAAUGGCUUGAUGGUAAGCCAAAAGGGUCUGUGGUUUAUGUGUCAUUUGGAAGUUUAGCCAUGGUUGGUGGAGGCCAAAUGGAAGAACUAGCUUAUGGCUUGAAGGAGUGUUCCAGUUACUUCUUGUGGGUGGUGAGAGCCUCAGAAGAGACCAAGCUCCCAAAGGAUUUUGAAAAGAAAUCAGAGAAGGGUUUGGUAGUGACAUGGUGCUCCCAGCUAAGAGUUUUAGGUCAUGAAGCUGUAGCAUGCUUUGUGACACAUUGUGGUUGGAACUCCAUAUUGGAAGCUUUGUGUUUAGGAGUGCCAACAAUUGCAAUACCUCAUUGGUCAGAUCAAGCCACAAAUGCAAAGCUUGUGGCAGAUGUUUGGAAAAUUGGAAUCAGAGCUUGUGUUGAUGAGAAAAAGAUUGUGCAAAGAGAAACACUGAAGCAUUGUAUAAGGAAAGUGAUGGAGAGUGAGGAAGGGAGAGUCAUGAAGAGUAAUGUCAUUCAAUGGAAGAGUUUGGCUUUGAGGGCAAUAAGUGAAGGAGGAAGUUCUUAUCAAAGUGUUUUGGAAUUUGCAAACACCUUUUUUCAUUAAGAAACGUUGUGUCUCUGUUGAAUCGAGAACUCAUGACAUUGGUUAUGAUACCAAUUUUUGGAUCGAGCACUUAUCAUUUGGCCAAAAACUAUAGUUAUCAGUCAGAGCGUAACUCUUUUUACUUAAGGGGUGUACCUACUCUUGAAAGUACAAUUAAAAUCAAACAUUUUAUGAC